AUGGAGCGCAUUUCCCUCCUCAAAUUUUCCUUUCUUUUCAGGUCUAUCUGGCAUCAACCCGUGACCCAAAUGGAGCCCAAUGCAAAUGGAGCCCAAUGCAUAAAAUCGAUUAAAAAGCCAGUGGACUAUGAUGGUCGAAGCCGUUUGAUAUCAGAAAUUCAAAUUCUCAAAAAAACCAAAUCCCCAUUUCUCUGUGAAAUGUACGAAUGUUUUGAGACCCCAGAAAAAGUGUUCCUAGUGCUAGAACUCUUGAAUGGAGGAGAACUUUAUAGUCUAAUUAAAGAGAAAGGACCAAUGAAGAGAACCCAAGCCAGAUACUACUUGGCACAAAUUGCAUUGGGUUUGGAGUAUCUUCACGAGAGUCAUAUAAUGCAUAGAGAUUUGAAGUCAUCGAAUGUAAUGAUUUCGAGAAGAAGAGAUGCCAAAAUCGCAGAUUUCGGUUUGAGCAAAAUGAAUUUCCCACUUGGCGCCAAAACUAAAACUUUUGGAAUUGGAACACUCGACUCAAUGGCUCCAGAAAUGAUUCGAAAAGAGCCAUAUGGUCAUGAAGUGGAUUACUGGGCACUUGGAGUGCUGGCAUGGGAGAUGUUAGUUGGAGAAUCACCAUUCAACGGAAAGACGAGAGAAGCGACAAAGGAGAAAAUUAAGAAUGAGAGAUUAGAGAUCCCGAUGAGCUUAUCUCACAUGUCUGCUCAGUUUUUGAAAGGAUUGCUCACCACAAAAGUGGAGAAACGAUUUGGAAUUUUUGAAAUCAAAAAGUCCAAUUUCUUUGGAAAAAUCGAUUGGGAGAUGUUGAAGAGAAUGGAAUAUCGUCCACCAUUCAAUCCAAAAUUGAAGGAUGAUUCUGAUAUUUCGAAAUUCGACCCAGAAAUCACUUUAUACGAGAAUCCAUGGAAAACUGAAGAUGAAGAUUCUGAAAUUAUGGAAAUCAACAAAUUUAAAGAGUUCGACCAUCCAAACGGAUCUCCAGAAGUCAUCACGUUGGAUUCUGAAGAUAUUGAAGAGGAGGGUCCAAAGAUUAUUGUGCUGAAUUAA